AUGCUCUUCGGCUUCGGCAACAUCCUCCUCUCGGCGCUACUCCUCGUCAACGCCGUCGCAAUCCUGAACGAGGAGCGUUUCCUCGCGCGCAUUGGCUGGUCAACACGCGGCAGUCCAGCAGCCAAUUCUGGGUUCGGUAAUGUUCCCGAUCCCACGUACGACCCCGCAUACGGUAAUCCCGACGGUGUGAGCUUCAAGACAAAGGUCGUAAAUCUCAUCGGUGCGGUGCGGACGUUGAUGCGACUGCCGCUUAUAGUCAUCAACGUCGUGGUCAUUCUCUUCCUCCUCAUUGCGGGAUAG